GUGGCUGUUAAAUUUUAAACUGCCAUGCACUCGGCUUCCAGUAUGCUGGGAGCCGUGAAGAUGGAAGGGCACGAGGCGUCCGACUGGAGCAGCUACUACGCCGAGCCCGAGGGCUACUCCUCGGUGAGCAACAUGAACGCUGGCCUGGGAAUGAACGGCAUGAACACCUACAUGAGCAUGUCCGCGGCCGCCAUGGGCAGCGGCUCAGGCAACAUGGGUGCCGGCUCCAUGAACAUGUCGUCGUACGUGGGCGCGGGCAUGAGCCCUUCUCUGGCGGCGGGCAUGUCCCCCGGCGCGGCGGGCGCUAUGGCGGGCAUGGGCGGCUCUGCCGGGGCGGCGGGCGUGGCGGCGGGCAUGGGGCCGCACCUGAGCCCUAGCCUGAGCCCGCUCGGGGGGCAGGCGGCGAGUGCCAUGGGCAGCCUGGGCCCCUAUGCCAACAUGAACUCUAUGAGCCCCAUGUACGGGCAGGCCGGCCUGAGCCGCGCGCGCGACCCCAAGACGUACCGGCGCAGCUACACGCACGCCAAGCCGCCCUACUCAUACAUCUCGCUCAUCACCAUGGCCAUCCAGCAGAGCCCCAACAAAAUGCUGACCCUGAGCGAGAUCUACCAGUGGAUCAUGGACCUGUUUCCCUUCUACCGGCAGAAUCAGCAGCGCUGGCAGAACUCCAUCCGCCACUCGCUCUCUUUCAACGACUGUUUCCUCAAGGUGCCGCGCUCGCCCGACAAGCCCGGCAAAGGCUCCUUCUGGACCCUGCACCCGGACUCAGGCAAUAUGUUCGAGAACGGCUGCUACCUGCGCCGCCAGAAGCGCUUCAAGUGCGAGAAGCAGCUGGCGCUCAAGGAGGCCGGGGGCGGCGCGCCCGGAGGCGGCGGCAAGAAAGCGACCAGCGGCGCGCAAGCCGUGCCGGCCUCGCAGGCGCAGCUCGGGGACGCCGCUGGGCCGGCCCCCGAAACGCCGGCGGGCACGGAGUCGCCUCACCCGAGUGCUUCCCCGUGCCAGGAACACAAGCGAGGCGCGCUCGGGGAGUUGAAGGGGACACCGGCCGCGGCGUUGAGUCCCCCGGAACCCGCGCCUUCACCGGGGCAGCAGCAGCAGCAGGCCGCGGCCCACCUGUUGGGCGCGGCCCAUCACCCGGGCCUGCCUCCCGAGGCCCACCUCAAGCCGGAGCACCACUACGCCUUCAAUCACCCCUUCUCCAUCAACAACCUCAUGUCGUCGGAGCAGCAGCACCACCACAGCCACCCCAGCCACCACCAUCCACACCACCACCACCACCAGUCCCACAAAAUGGACCUCAAGGCCUACGAACAGGUGAUGCACUACCCGGGCUACGGCUCGCCCAUGCCCGGCAGCUUGGCCAUGGGGCCCGUCACGAACAAAGCGGGCCUGGACGCCUCGCCCCUGGCGGCCGAUACCUCCUACUACCAGGGGGUGUACUCCAGGCCCAUUAUGAACUCCUCUUGAAGAAGGUUGAGUCAGGCACGGCU